GGACAACGUAGGGGACUACGUCAGCCAAUAGGGAAAAGCCUCAUUAACUGUACGUAUUACGUAUGCUUCUGUUAGCCGGAUAGCUGGUUUGCUAACAAGAGAGAAGAUGAUGGAUUCUCCCAUACUGGAACCAUCCUUGUACACUGUAAAAGCCGUUCUGAUUCUGGAUAACGAUGGGGACAGGCUUUAUGCCAAGUAUUAUGAUGACACAUACCCAACAGUGAAGGAGCAGAAGGCGUUUGAGAAGAACAUAUUCAACAAGACACACAGGACGGACAGUGAGAUAGCAUUACUGGAGGGCCUCACUGUUGUGUACAAGAGCAAUAUAGACCUCUUCUUUUAUGUGAUUGGAAGUUCACAUGAAAAUGAGCUUAUGCUCAUGGCUGUUCUUAAUUGCCUUUUUGAUUCCCUCAGUCAGAUGUUGAGAAAAAAUGUUGAGAGGAGGGCCUUACUGGAGAACAUGGAGGGACUCUUCUUGGCUGUGGAUGAAAUUGUAGAUGGAGGGGUGAUCUUAGAGAGUGACCCACAGCAAGUUGUGCAUCGUGUGGCUCUCAGAGGUGAUGAUGUGCCUUUGACAGAGCAGACAGUUACCCAGGUUCUUCAGUCGGCCAAAGAACAGAUCAAGUGGUCACUUCUUCGAUAGUCACGCUACACCAGUCAACAAGUGAGCAGCUGUUAAGUACAGACAAAAUGGCACUGGUCCUUGUACUCCUUCUCCAACUUCAUCUUCUUUAAUCAAAGCUGGGAGGAGAAAAAUGGCUGAUCCAGUCACACUUUGGGACUUUUGCUUGACAGUUUCACUUUUCAUUUUAUACUCAGUCUUUCAUUGUAUGAUCAAAAUAAGGAUAAAAUACAUUCCAGUAACGAAUCUCCUGUUUUGGUUUGUUGAUUUAUUUGGAGACUAAACAAACGGUCUUUUUAUUAAAGCAGAGUAUCUGAAACACCAGUUUACACAUUAAAAUCCGUGACAACAUUCCAUGUAUGUCCUAUAACGAGAAUUACAAUCUUUACAGCAAUACCCUUUCAACUCCUCUGGAUCACUAAAAAAUAAAGUCAUUUUAAAUGUA